AGCUGCUGCUGUGGGAUUAUAUAAAAGGAAAAAUAGGGCGUACACUGUUGGGCACUACGUCUACGUUAUGUCAACGAUAAAGCGGCGGCGGCGGAUCGAGAUGCAGUCGGCGGACCGUAUUACACGUCGAUCCGCAGCAAGUCGAUGGAAAAUUUCUAGGGUUACUAAAUUUGGAGCUUAUGUGUACGAGGAUGGUACGAAAUACAUAGGAGACUGGAACGAUCGAGGUCGAAAACAUGGCUUGGGUCACGUCCAAUUAAAAGAUAACACACGUUAUGAAGGAGGAUUCAGCAAUGGACUUUGCUCGGGUCUUGGAGUUCUCCAGUAUCCGGAUGGAGCGAGAUACGAAGGAGAAUUUAUGGAAGGAUGGUUUCAUGGUCACGGGAUGUUUUGGAGGGCUGAUGGCAUGAAGUAUGAAGGACAAUUUCGAGGUGGUCGUAUUUGGGGAUUAGGUUUAGUAACAUUUAAGGACGGAUCCCACGGACUUCCGAGACACGAAGGAUUUUUCAAAGAUUGCAAAUUUCUACAAAAGAAAAAAUGUCCUGCGGUCGUUACAGAUGCACAACGAGCAGCAUUGAUGGCAAGAAUACAAACUGAACAAACAUAAUUUUUUAAUAAAAUUAUCUACUCACAGACCACAGUGUAAAGAAUAAAAAAAAUAUAUCUUGCAAAAUAUUUCAAUAAUUAUGAAAAAAAUUGUUUAAUUCUUGACAAAUAAGGUACUAGAAAUGGGAUUUUUUUUAUCUCAAACGAUUUUGUAAUUCUUAAUAGUUUGAAUGGUAAAAAGAUACCACACAAAUGCAUGUGUUGUCGCUUGUCUCCGUCUUACAAAAAUAUACAACAUGGCAAAUUUUACGUUCACAAUAAUACAUUUUACCCUGUUAUUUUUAAAAUUACAGUGGAUUGACCUAUUUUAUAAAAUAUGAAGAUUAGAUUAUCAUCUAGAAUUCUAGAGCAGCGUUUCUCAACCAGUGGGUCGCGAACCCCUAGAUGAGGGGUCGCAUCAGUCAGGAAUAAUUAAACGUUGAUGUAGAAAAACAACCUUUUAUUUACACUAAAAAUAAAAUAAUUAUAAUAGGUAUGUAGUACUAAUUGUAUGGAAUUGAAUUGAUUUUGAUAAAUGUAUAGGUUGUGCCAAGUCACCAAUUACAUACAUGGAAAACGCACUAAGUCCAUGUCAACCAUGCAAAAGUCACCAAGUCCAACUUAAUAAUUUGUAUUUUAACUAUAAUAAGUAAUUCUUUCACAGUGUCAUCUUAUUUACAACCAUUCAUAUAUAACUAAUUUGCCUAGCAAAUUUGAUUUUUUGAUUUUAGCUUCUCCAAAAAUUGAAAUACCAAAAUGUUUAAAUACUCUUUUUUAAUAUGACGUUUUCUGGAUUUUGGGGGAUAAUAUCAAAAAUGUGGGAAAGUCGAUUUCAAGUAGACUUGACGAAGAAUUCAAAUCUUUUUUCAGAAUUCUUAUCGCUUCAAUAGAUCAAUUGGAAUGUUUGGCAAAAAACACGUCUAAAAUACUAUGUCGCGCGUGUGUUAGACAAAAACAGAAAAUCACGGUAUCGAAUCCCCUUAAUCGAAUUUGUAUUUUAUUUGAAAAGUGUUUAUUUAAUACCAUAAAUUAUAUUCAGAUCUAUAUUAUUGAAAGUAUUAUAUCAAAGUCGUAGAUAUGCACUACAUAAUAUUAUAUUACACUGGGUAGUUCAGUAUUUUGGAUCGUGCAUUUCUAACCUAGUGAACUUGACCUUGCACUAGUACAACAUGUGAUAAAUAAAGUGUAUACAGACUAUACAUACACACAUACCGCCAUACGCGUAUGUAUGUGCUAAUAAGUAAUAUUAACAUAUUAUUAUAUAAAUACAAUAUUAAUAUAUACUUACCUAUACAGUAUACAAUGUAAACAUAUCGUUUUGAAUUGAUACCACUUAAUAGUAGUAUAAUUAGAAUUAAUAUAUUUACAUUUAUUAAUAUUUAUGAAAAUUAUAUAACUACGCCCAAUAACGAAAAUAAAGUAAAAUUUAUAUUUAUUCAUUAAUCAUUACGUGUUUUAAUAAAAUUCUAGAAAUCAGUUAUAUUUUCUCUCACUUUUAGAAAUUUAUUUUAAGAAAUGCAUUUUAUUAAGUAUAAAUUUUGCGUCUUUAUGGUGUUUAGUAGAGUAAAAUUAUUCCCAAAAUAGAAACCUUCAAAUACUGGACUACUCCGAAUAAAGGAUAAUUUUUCUAGACUUCAUCACAAUUAUAUAAUUUUAAUUUAAAGAAGUGGACACAUAAGAAGGCGGGCAAGGGCAAGUGGGUUUUGCUCUGCUGUACAUUGGGUGACUUGUGGGUAACUGUAAUGGAUGUGUUAAAUUUGAAUUCGAUGAUAUUAUAUCAUUGUACAGGAAAAACGAUUAUAAGCGAAUAAGCUGGUAUAUCGGCCUAUAUUAUACUACCUAAGUAUAUUUUAGGUUAUUAUUGCUAUUAAAGUUAUUUAUUUUACUAUUAGUAAAUAAUACAUUAUACAAUAGGUAGAUUGAAUUAAUUUUUGCCGACAACAUUGCAUUUGGAAAUGCCAUUGUGUGUAUAAAAUAUAAUUAUAUAAGUACUUUAAAAGUUUCAUUGUUAUAAUACCUACAAAAAAUAUUUUUUAAUUACAACAAAAUAACUAGAAUCUUUAUUCUUUGUUAAAAUAUCUAAUUUUGCCCAAAUUUGAAAUUAAAAUGUCUAUAUAAUAUAUAAAUGUGUUAUAUAUUUUUUAGAAUUUUGGGUUGUGAUAUGAACUACUUACGAGAAACCUUGAAUUUAAUUUUCAAGGUUUUUAACGUGAUGAAAAUUUUUUUACCAUCAUUAUUUUUAGAAUAAAAACAAAAAAUAAAAUGUCAAAUGUCUAUAGGCAAUAGCUCAAAAAUAGUCACAAUAUUUUGAAGAUGGUAUCGUGUAUAGAAAUCGAUAAAAUAUUUUUUUGGUAAUUGUUUAAAAUAUCUAAGGUCAAAAAAAAAUAUUGAAGUUGAAUAUCGAAGGCAUUAUUUGGAUUAAUUAUCCUGUAGAGACAAACAAACACAGAUCCUUGUUAAAUCAAUACAUUCAACGCUCCACUCAGAAUCUAAAACAGUAUUACAGCUAUAUAGUUUAUAAUAUAUGUAUCUAUACUAAUUAUUCAUGGUAAUUUCUUAAUUAAUUAAUAUAUAAACAUUUUUAAGAUUAUUAUUAUGCUUGAUGUUUAUAUAACUGUCAAGACAACCGAAAAAAAUAUGGUUACAUAAGUAUUGAAAUAUACAAUUAUUUUAGUUAGAAUAUCUCAGGGGUGGUAGCCCCUAGUUUAUAAUAUAAGAUAAAAAUAAAUUGAAUAUAGUUUUGUAAAAAGUUGUUUGGAAUUUUCUCUAUAACAUUUUAUACAUACUUAUAUAUACAUAUAUUAUAUAUUAUAAUAUAAUAUGUAUGUAAAUUAUAAAUAAA